AGCCCCUGGAGAGAGUAUGUCAAUGUCAAUGGCCCAUGUGGGCUUGAACUUAACUCAAAAGGAUUUCAUUUCGCUUGGUGUUCGAUUUGUGGCCAUGGAUAUGCAACAACUUUAGAUUAAUGACGUCCCUGCUGGAGAUUAUCAUGCGAUCCAAAGCGAUUGCUAGGAAAUAUAAUCAGGGCUCUAACGGCGACGACUACGAUCCGAGUGUUGUGCGCCACCAUCACCACCAUCAUCACCAUCAUCUGGAUCUCAGCACGCGGGCUCCGGCCUUUGGUCCCCUGCCGGAUCACACGCAGCUACCCGCCGAGGACUCCUCCGCUUUUGCCAGUCGCCACCACCUGCCACAGACGCCUGCCACCUCCUCGGCAGCCGCCUCGCCACCGCUGGAGCAUCAGCAGCAGCACCAGCAGCACCUGCAGCACCACCCACAAGAACAGCAUCAGCAGCAGCACCACCAACUUCAACAGCAGCGGCAACAGCCACCGCCUCCCACGUUGCCGCUGGCUGGCGCCUCCUCAGCAGCCUCCAGCAUGGAGCAUUUCUUCAACGACCAGGCCCAGGCGGAGCAGCUCCUACAGGAGUGGGCCCGCCGGCGUGAACCUGUCUGUGAUCUGGAUAUCCGUGAUAGUGGCGUCUACGCCAAGACGCAUCUGCAGCGUGGCACUCGCUACGGGCCCUUCCCCGUAAAAAUCUGCCAUCAGCCCAACGAUCCUCAGCUGGCAUGGAAGGCCCAUGCUGGACCCAACUUUAAUGGCUGGCUCGAGCCCACAUCGGACGUGUCGACGUGGCUGAAGAAAAUCCGCUCCGUGAAGGAUAUCGAGUGCAUCGAAGAGGCUAAUUUACACAAUUACAUAAUGGGCGGCUGUUUGUGGUACGAAACGAAUCGGUAUAUCAAUGCAGGCAGUGAAAUGGUAGUGGAUGGCCGUCCCAAGACACCGUACCAGAUCAAUGACAACUUUAUGGCCAGCGGCGGUAUCCUGGCGGCAGCAGCAGCCGCCGCAGCAGCGGCAGCAGUCGCCUCGGGUGCCACCAGUGGCGGGGGGAGUUCAUUACCCAGCGAUGAUCGGAGCGAUCGAGAUAAUGGUUCCCUGUACAGUGGUGACGAAUUCUCCAAAGAUAAGAAAAACUCAUCGCUGAUCAGUCAAGGCGAUAUUGAUUUCACAGACGACGAGAACGGUUUCGACAUACGCUGUGAGGUCUGUGAUAAAGUCUAUCCGGAUUUAGAACGCCUGGACGAUCAUCUGGUGGGCGCCCAUCAUUUCAAGCAGGACGAAUUCCCAUGCAAACUCUGCUCGCAGCGCUUCAGCAAUCGUCCUUUGCUGAUCAAACACGAGGCAAUAUCCCACAAUAAUAUACGCAAAUAUUCCUGCGAGAAUUGUAGCAAGGUAUUUCGGGACUCAUCGAAUCUACAGCGGCAUAUUCGCGCCUACCACGUCGGCGCUCGCUGUCAUCCGUGUCCGGAGUGCGGCAAGACAUUUGGGACCUCGUCGGGGCUGAAGCAGCACCAGCACAUCCACUCCUCGGUGAAGCCCUUCGCCUGCGAGGUGUGCUUCAAGGCGUACACGCAGUUCUCCAAUCUGUGCCGCCACAAGCGGAUGCACGCCACCUGUCGCAUGCAGAUCAAGUGCUCCAAGUGCAACCAGAGCUUCAGCACCGUCACCUCGCUCUCCAAGCACAAGAAGUUCUGCGACUCCACGGGCUCGUACCGCAACCAGCCGCUGGGCCGCCACCAGCAUCCGCUAAACGCCACCUCGACCUCCGGCCAGUCCCAGGGGCCAGCGGGCGACUCCCAGGGAGAAUCUGCAUCAUCGGCUGCUGCUGCUGCGGCUGCCGCUGCCGCUGCCAUGACGACGCCACCCAAUCCCUUCCUCAUGUUCCGCCCAGGACCUCCGUUCUUCCCAGGAUUCCCGCCGUACGGUCUGCCCGGGAUCUUCCCCUCGAGUCCCCUGCGGGCCACCAACUUCCCGCUCUUCUUUCCGAAGCCACCGAUGGACAUGGGCUGUGGCAUGCCGCCCAUGACCUCGCCCAAUGCCGCCUUCCGCCACCAUCCCUUCGCCCUGGAUCUGGAGAGACAGCCGGGCGGAGAGUCGCCCCACCAGGAGCACCAUCAGGCGAAGGCGGGGCGUGGCUCCACGCCCGACGAGAAGAAGCUCAAGUCGGAGCCACUGCUGCAGGUGUCCGAAGAGGACGAGGAGGAGGAGGAGCCAGUCCAGUCCAGCGCUAUGAAAAUGGAGCCAGAAGAUCCGAAGAAGGACCUCCAGCCUGAGGAGCGAAUGGAGCUCAAGCGGGAGAGCUCACCCGAUGAGCAGCAAACCGAAGAUGACAGAAAAUCCAUCGACAUCGUUAGCACGCCACCGCCCACGGACUCGACGACGGACAAGCCCACCGCGGAACUGCCACUCGAUCUGUCCAUUUGCCGCAAGCGUUUCUCCGCCUUCCGCGAACUUCAGCCGCCAGCGUCGCCAGCAUCGCCGGCGUGGCCGCUGAUGCUGCUGCCCGACGAGGAUGCCGAGCCGCCGACGAAGCAGAGCCGCAAGAGCCACAGCUCGGGCGAGUCCUCCACCUCGCGGCAGUCGUACAAGGGCAGCAGUCCCACGCCGAGUGCCUCGCCGGGACCCACCCCAUCGCCAUCGCCGCCCACAAGUGCGGGCGGGGAGAUGAGCAGCAUGUCGGAGGGUGCUGUGGCAGCGGCGCAAGCGUCGGCUGUGGCCGCCGGAGCGGCUGAGGCUGCCACGGCGGCAGCCAUGGCCUGUCCCCGGCCACUGCAUCCGCUGCUGCUGGAGGAGAUCUACCGAUCGCGGGCCCUGGCCGGACUCUCACAGCGCACGUUUCCUUUUUUAUGCCCAACGGGCGGACGGCCAAAUAUUGAGGCGAUGCUGACAGCAGGAGCAGCCAAUGGCAAGGGCUGCUCGACACCCUCGACCAGGCCGCUUCCGCCCGUGAAUUUUCGCGAGGCAUUGCGCUACGCCACCAGUGCCAGUGGCCGCUCACCGAGCGCCCUCAAGACCAAGGAUCGCUACACGUGCAAGUUCUGCGGCAAGGUGUUCCCCCGAUCCGCGAACCUCACGCGCCACCUGCGCACCCACACGGGCGAGCAGCCGUACUCGUGCAAGUACUGCGACCGUGCCUUCAGCAUCUCCUCGAACCUGCAGCGCCACGUGCGGAACAUCCACAACAAGGAGCGGCCCUUCCGCUGCGAUCUGUGCGAUCGGUGCUUUGGCCAGCAAACGAAUCUCGAUCGGCAUGUGAAGAAGCACGAGGCGGAUGCCAAUGGCACCGGCGAGGGCUGUGGCGACUUCCGGGACUCGCCCAGCUCCGCGGAGGCCGAGCGGGACGAGUACUUCGAGGAGAUUCGCACGUUCAUGAAUCGCAUGUACACGCCGAAUAGUUUGGGCGGCGCCGAUGGCGAUACGGAGGAGUAUGCGGGCAGCGAUGAUCAGUUGUCCGUGUCCACCCGUCAGUCCGUCAAUCUGGACAAGGAUGCCAGCAACAAUAAUACCAGCAACAGCAACAACAACAAUAACAACAAAAACAACAACAGCAGCAGCAACAGCAGCAACACGAAUGGAGGCGGCAAGGCCAUUACAGUGAGCACCUGA